CGGAGAAAGUCGACUGCUUUGAAUCCAUAAGAUUGAGCAAUGGACGUCAUGCUCGCCUUUCCAGCGACUUUAAGGCCGAGCCCAACGACGCAAAAGCUCCCUUUGGCUCCAGUGCAUUCUGUGAGGCACUUCAGUUGGAAAGGCCAUGAAGCAACUCUUGUGCUGAGUUGCGGCUUACCUGUCAAGGUGAUGCAAUGGCGCCGCUGUCAUCGAGAGCUUUUGGCUCGCCACGCAAGAAAGUCCUUUGAGUGCUUCCCCAGUGGAGAAGGUUCCCCAGAUCGACUUGCAGACUUGUUCCUCCAAUUGCCACUGCGGAAUGGUGUGCUGCUCUCUGGUGUGCUGGCCAGAGACCCACCAAAGGUUCUCAUGCCCCCUUUGGCCAUAGUGCCGAGAGAUGGUGCAGCCUGCAUUCCUUUCGAAGUUGAGGAGACACAAAAUUCAGAAGCGUUGAGGCACUUCCAUCCUGGUCCCUUGCUCCCUGAGUCAGCGCCUGGCAAAGCUUUGCAGCAGUCGUUGCAGGCAGCACCAGAGGAGUUUGAAGUUCUUAGCAAGUACGAGCACAUGCGAGCAUGGAUCAGCGGAUCAUCUCCACCCGAAGAGCAGGCAGAAGUGCUCUUGCUCGAGGUCUACAGGCGCUUCCAAAAGGAGACUGGAGCACCACCGAGGCCUAAAGCAGCAAGCGUAGCAAGCGAGGAAGAAUAUGACCUGUACAUCCACUCCUGCAAGGAUGUGUCGAUAAAGGCUCUACAUGGUACAUGCAGUCCGGAUUUCUGCAUGAUUGCGGAGGCUCAUGUCUUGGGCCUCGCUAAGAAUUCAGAUUUUCCAAGGCUCAAGCAGAGGGAUGCCAGAGCAAUGUAUGCAAGCGCCAUGCGCUUCGGAUAUGCGGUCCGGCAAGCAGAGAUUCGUCACCAGGCAGAUGGUGUGGUGGGAACCUUUGUCCCAUUGCCCGUUGAAGCGGAGAUGUGUCGAAAGGAGUUGGAAAGUCUUUGGGCGCGGCCAGCUGCGUCAGGUACAGCCACAAGUCCCAGUGAGGAAUGUCACGCUGGUCAGGAGCCCAUGGAAUCCAACAGUGCAGCUGCUGCACACUUCAGCUUGCAAGAGGUCUUCAACAGGCUCAAAAGAAUAGGGGAGGCAAGACCUGGACUCGCCACGUACCUUGGCUGGUUGGGCAAAUUUGACCCUGAAGCACUUUCCAUUUUGUCAACCCCGACUCCUACGAUUGCUUGGGCGAUGAAGUUGCAGGCUGAUGCAGUUUGGGGGACAGCUGGCGAGACUUCCGGGGACGAAGAAGGGAAAGAGCCGACCGUGGCUUCGACUCCGGCAGACAUGCUGGAGGCAACCUUAUUUGGAGCUUGGCUACAUGAUGCUGAAGCCAACGCGCAAGAAGUGUGCUCAAGGCUUGACUGUGGCGCUCAAGGAUGAACAGCGGGACCUUAUUGCUUGUGCACACACGCUUUGUAAGCGGUGUGCCUCAAUAGGCUGCCUUGUACAUUUCGUUCCCUGAGGCAGUUGUUCCCCCGUUUCGUUCACUUUCACACUUCUGCAGAAGUGUUGGUUGGGCCAUUUUCUUGGAUGGCCUUUGCAUUUGAGGUGUCCAAAUGGAGAAACUCA